GUCAUCCACAUGUCAUGUACUGUCUCUAAUUUCUUGACGUUGUUAAAAAGCUUUGUUUAGGUACUUGUAAUAAAUUUAAGAAAAGUAAUUGCGAAAAACUACCCGAAUAAAAAUGGGGAAGGGUUUUAAUAACUAUAUGUGCAAGAAAUUUUUUCAUCCCGCCUCGAGAGAUAACUUGAAAAGGGUAUGGAUGGCAGAACAAAAAACUGACGCAUAUAAGAAAAAACAGGAAGAACUGAGAGUGCAGUAUGAGAAAGAACAGGAAUUACAUGAAAAUAAAGCACUACUGAGCAAGGACAGUAAAGAUAAAUUGAGUUUGAACUUUAUGUAUGAGCCUCCACCUGGUGUAAAAAAGGAACGAGAACGCGAGGACAAUGAGCCAGAAUACAAAUUUGAAUGGCAGAGAAAGUACAAUGCUCCUAGAGAAAGUUACUGCAAGGGAGACAAUGAAAUCAGGGAUCAGCCUUUUGGCAUUUUGGUCAGAAAUGUUAGAUGUAUCAAGUGCCAUAAAUGGGGUCAUAUUAACACAGAUAAAGAAUGUUCCAUGUAUUCCCUUUCAAUGAGUGAAGCAAGAGCUUUGCAGGCAUCCGCCUCUGCACCAGAGGAUGAGGAAGAAAAACCUGAUGUGCCGACCUUGAUGCAACAUAUGAGGGAUUCUGGACUUGUUAUGAAGCCUGGCGCUAUGCCACUUGCUGCUAACAAAAUCGUUGACAAUGAUACGUCACUUACAGAAACUGAUCUCAUCAGCCAAUUGUCAAAGAAGCAGAAGAAAAAAUUACUAAAAAAAUUGGAGAAACUAGAAAAAAAGAAAGAGAAGAAGCAUAAGCACAAAUCCAAGCAUUGAAUAAAACAUGUUUAGUCUCAAUAGACAUAACUUCUUGUUCUAUAUAAUAAACUUUUUGUAUUAA